AUGCCCCUCCGCGCAUUUCCGCAGCCCUUGAAGGUGGGCACAGACAUAUGCCAUAUUCCACGCAUCCAUGGGCUCAUCACCCGACGGCACACGCACGAGCACGAUGAUAACGGCAACGACGGGCUACGACGGCUGCAGCGGUUCGUAAAGCGGGUGCUUACCGCGCCCGAACGCGCCUAUUUCGAGCAGCGCUUUGCACCGUGCAGGCAGAGUUUUGGCGGCAAGAGCAACGACAUUGCCGUGUUUCUGGCGGGCCGCGUCGAGCUUAUGGAGCCAUUAUCCCAGCAUCAAGCCGAGCGCCACUCUGCCAUUCGACGGCACUCGAUAUAA